CAAUCAAUAAAUUGCAUGAUCUCUGACAUUUAAGACUAAAUCCAAGUCAUAUGCUUCCGACACGCUUGAGAAUAUUAGCAACGUACGGCAUUUAUAACAAAAAUUAUUUGUGUUUGUUAUUCAUUUCAAAGAGCAGACAUGAUGAAACGUCUGGUGGAUGUAUUCAUUUUAGCAGUGUUGAUAGAAGCUGGGCACGUUUCAGGCGAUGGCGCUGAUGUAAGGUCAUGUGGACAAAACCCACCGUAUUAUCCCAGAUCGGUGGUAAAAACGGGAGACCGCAUAGAAAGACUUCGCGAAAAAAUGAAAAAAGAAAACUUGGCAGCUUACAUUGUUCCCUCAACAGAUUCACAUGGGAACGAGUACGUGAAAGAACGUGACAAGCGACGUGAAUUUAUAAGUGGUUUCAGCGGAUCUGCUGGUACAGCCAUAGUGACGAUGAAAAGCGGCAGUGCAUUGUGGACCGAUGGGAGAUACUUCCUUCAAGCCGAUAAGCAGCUGGACUGUAAUUGGAUUUUACAGAAAAAAGGCCGAAAAGGGGUUCCAUCGCAAUCUGAGUGGCUUAAACAGGUGCUAAAUUCUGGGGAUGUUGUCGGAAUUGAUCCUUUUCUGCGCAGUAUAGAUUUUUGGGACAAGACAGUUAAGACAUUGAAAAAGAAAAAUAUCACAUUGAGAGGCGUUCAAACAAAUCUGGUAGAUGCCAUAUGGACAGGUCGGCCAAAAGAGGAAAAGAAAAAAAUCGUAGUUCAUCCAUUUAUUUACACAGGUAAGCGUUGGUAUGACAAAGUUGUAGAUGUUCAGAAGAAAAUGAAAGAAGAGGAAACAGCAGCUCAUGUUGUGCAGAGUUUAGAUUCCAUCGCUUGGUUAUUAAACUUGCGUGGUGAUGAAAUUUCAUACAAUCCUGUAUUCUUUGCUUAUGUUAUCGUUAAGAUGGAUGAAGUUCUGUUUUUCGUGGAUGGAGACAAGAUAUCAUCAAAAAACGUUCAAGACCAUUUGCAGCUAAGAAAGUGCUCCGGCAAAUCCUACUGUGUGAAGACAAAGUCGUACGACUCAGUUGUAGAUGAAUUGCAUGAGAUAAGCAAUAAUUUACCGCCCGACACAAAAAUAUGGUUCAGUCCAACGGAUAGUCAUGCUCUAAGACAACGUGUUGCUGACGACAAAGUGUAUCUUGAUUAUUCACCCAUUAUUUUGAUGAAAGGCAAAAAGAAUAAAGUAGAAUUGGAAGGAAUGAAAAGAGCUAACCUAAAGGAUUCCGUUGCUUUGGCGGAAUUUUUCUUAUAUGCCGAAAAACAGGUGGCAAAGAAAGCGAAUAUCACUGAGCUGUCGUUGGGUGAAAAAAUGAUAGAGUUUCGCAGCAAACAAGCUUUGUACAAAGGCCUUAGUUUUCCUUCCAUCAUUGGAUUUGGGCCAAACAGCGCAGUAAUCCAUUACACAGCGUCGAAGAAAACUGACAGGCGGGUGACAAAUCAAUCUACCCUUUUGGUUGACACAGGCUCGCAAUAUUUAGAAGGAACUACAGAUGUCACUAGAAGUGUCCAUUUUGGAACGCCAACGGCAAAACAAAAGAGUGCAUUUACUCGCGUGUUAAUGGGACAUAUCGAUGUUGCAAAAGCGUUUUUCCCUCAAGGAACGUACGGUCGCGCACUCGAAAUAUUUCAACGUGAACCUCUGUAUCGAAAUGGCUGGAAUUACAGACAUGGUUCAGGACAUGGAAUUGGUUCAUAUCUUUAUAUCCAUGAAGGUCCAGGUUGGUUUGCACCUGGUUGCCCAACGGCGUCGGAAAAACCGUUGGAUGUAGGUUUCGUGAUCACUGAUGAACCUGGUUUCUAUGAAGAUGGUGAUUUUGGUGUCAGAAUCGAAACUACAUUGACUGUAGAAAACGGAAGUACUUCUAAUCGUUUCGACAAUGUUGACUACCUUAAGUUUGAACCUAUUUGUUACUUUCCAAUACAAAGAAAGCUUAUCGAUGAAACUAUCAUGAGUGACCAUCAGCUGAAAUGGUUGAAUGACUAUCACAAGAAAACAGCAGAGCUAGUCGGCCCCGAGUUGAAAAGACAGGGGAAAAUGAAGGAAUAUGAUUGGCUGAUAAAGCAAACCAAACCAAUUUUUAAGAAUACAGAUGUUACCGCUUCGAGCGCAAUAACAACACUGCAAUCGAUUUCUCUUUUUCUUGUAGCUGUUGCGUAUUCUAGUUUAUAUGUUGACAAUCCUUUCUGAAAAUCGUCUAUACACAUGUAUAGAAUGCACAUGCAUUCUGAACUAGAUUAUUUUGCACAAAAUGGACCACGUGAAUGGCCAACAUGUGUAGGCUAUACUAAAAAAUAUCAAUACUUAGAACAACAAUCACAAUGUCAAUAACGGCCUUAAUAAUCACAUUUUUUGUUUCAGUGUGAUAGAUAUAAUCAAAUUGAUUUUUCCGUAGGUAAUAUUAAUUUUUUAAAAUGUUCUCAAUUAUAAUUAAUAGAAAUAAAUAUUAAUUAUUCACCUAUAAAAAUGUAAGUUCUGACCUAUA